GCAUUUAAGAGGGCAUAUCUAUAGAACCGUCUAUAAACGUAUAGGUAUAGGAAAAAACAAGUUUCCUGACUACACUGAAUCCAUAGUGCUAAAAAAAAUCGUAUAGCUUUGAAAUCCACAUUACGUGUCUCAAUUCUAUACCCUUAACAUCUUCCUACCUUUUUUCUGCGUUUUCCUCUUAAUCCUUUUUGACCAAAAAUUACAAUGAAGUACGUUGUUGUGUCUGGUGGUGUCAUUUCCGGGAUCGGUAAGGGUGUUUUAGCUUCUUCCACCGGUUUGUUGUUCAAGACUUUGGGCUUGAGAGUUACUUCCAUCAAGAUCGAUCCCUACAUGAACAUUGACGCUGGUACGAUGUCGCCUUUGGAACACGGCGAAUGUUUUGUUUUGAACGACGGAGGUGAAGUCGAUUUGGAUUUGGGUAACUACGAAAGAUACUUGAACAUCACUUUGACCAGAAACCAUAACAUUACUACUGGUAAGAUCUACUCACACGUGAUCGAGAAGGAAAGAAAUGGUGAUUACUUGGGAAAGACGGUUCAGGUAGUUCCACACAUCACCAACGCGAUCCAGGACUGGAUUGAACGCGUAGCGAAGAUUCCUGUAGACGACACAGGGUUGGAGCCUGAAAUCUGUAUUAUCGAAUUGGGUGGUACUGUAGGAGACAUUGAGAGUGCUCCUUUUGUUGAAGCUUUAAGACAGUUUCAAUUCCGUGUAGGUGUAGACAACUUUGCCUUGAUCCAUGUUUCGUUGGUUCCCGUCAUUCACGGAGAGCAAAAAACUAAACCAACCCAAGCUGCCAUCAAAGACUUGAGAUCGUUGGGUUUGACUCCUGACAUGAUUGCCUGUAGAUGUCAAGAAGAGUUGGAAGUAGCAACGAUUGAGAAAAUCGGAAUGUUUUGCCACGUAGGUCCUGAGCAAGUUAUUGCCGUUCAUGAUGUCAACUCUACCUAUCACGUUCCAUUGCUCUUGAAGGAGCAGAGAAUGAUGAAGUAUUUAACCAAGAAGUUGACUAUUGGUGAAAUUCCUCAGGACUCUUUGGACAAGGGUGAAAAGUUAUUGACCAAAUGGAGACUUUUGACCAGUAGCCACGACAGAUCGUUCGAGACCGUAACCAUUGCACUUGUGGGCAAGUACACACACUUGAAGGACUCAUACUUGUCUGUGAUCAAGUCGUUGGAACACUCUUCAAUGAGAUGUCACAGAAGGUUGAAGAUCGAAUGGGUUGAAUCAUCCGACUUGGAAGAGGAAACCAAGGUCGCUAACUUGUCCCAAUACCACAAGGCAUGGCACUUUGUCUGUCAGGCUGAUGGGAUCUUGGUUCCAGGAGGUUUUGGCUCGCGUGGUAUUGAAGGUAUGAUUGCCGCUGCCAAGUACGCACGUGAAAACGAUGUACCAUACUUGGGUGUAUGUUUGGGUUUGCAGAUUGCUGUCAUUGAACAGGCCAGAAACGUCUUGGGCAUUGAGGGAACAUCUUCUAUGGAGUUUGACCCUAACUUAGAUGAGGCCACUGCUGCUGUAGUAUACAUGCCAGAUGUAGACCAGGUCAAGUUGGGUGGUACCAUGAGAUUGGGUAUCCACUCGACCAAGUUUGUCAAGGACACCGAAUGGUCGAAGUUGAGACAGUUGUAUGGUGGUGCUGAUGCUGUGUACGAAAGACACAGACACAGAUACGAAGUCAACCCCAAAUUGAUCGACCAGAUCGAAGCUGCUGGCUUGAAGUUCAUCGGUAAGGACGAGACUGAAACCAGAAUGGAAAUGAUUGAAUUGAAGGGCCACAAGUUCUUCUGUGGUACCCAAUACCACCCCGAAUACUUGUCAAAGGUUUUGGAUCCAUCGAGACCUUUCCUUGGUUUGGUUGCCGCCUCUGCUGGUAUCUUGGAAGACGUCUUAGCCAGAGACGACUUGAACUACAAAGGUGAGUUCUAGUAGACUUCUUAUCUUUUUGUCAUCUUUUUGUCAUUAUUCUUGUUGUUUCUUACUUACUCAUACAUUCUUCUUUAUUUAGGAAAGCAGGAUGUCCAUUGCAUAAUCUCGUACAUAAUUAACUAAUACACAAAUCCUGAAAC